AUGAGCUUGAUGUCAAAAUUAAAACUAAAACCAACAGGUCCAAUUUAUCCAUGGACUCAAAUUAAUCAACUUGAAGAGUGCAAUCCUUUUCCACGUUAUGGACAUUCAUCGAAUGAAUGUGCAAUUAAUAAUCAAAUAUUCAUCUUCGGAGGAAUUGUUGAAGGAAAACCUCAAAAUGAUGUUUUUGUCAUUGAGACGGAUAAGUUACAUGCGUAUAGGUUUACAACAUCAGGAGAUAUACCGCAUCCACGGAGCGGACACACACAUGUUAAUAUCGGGAACUAUAUGAUAGUUUUCGGUGGAUUGCUUACAUAUCUUACAGAAAAUCCUACCGAUUUUAUCUAUAUACUCAAUACUGUUACAAGACAGUGGUCAAAACUUUCAAUUCCUGAAAAAAAUUUUCUUACACAACGUCACGGCCAUUCAGCAACUAUAAUCGGGACUUCCAUGUAUAUAUUUGGUGGUCAAAAUUUCCAAGGAAUUUAUUUGAAUGACUUAAUCGUAUUUGAUUUAGCUACCAUUGAAUCACAAAAUUUAAGUUGGAAAUUUAUUUCUCCUUCGAAUUGUGCACCGCCUAGCAGGGCUGGGCAUGUUGCAUGCGCAUAUAAAGAUAACAUUUACAUAUUCGGGGGAACUGAUGGAAUUCGAUGUUACAAUGAUAUGUGGUGCUAUGACACACAAAACAAUUCUUGGUCUGAAAUUUCUUUAACAGACUUUAAUCCACUUCCGCGUUGUUACCAUAAGGCCGCUCUUGUGGAUGAUGUUAUUUAUGUUUUCGGCGGAAUCACAGAUGAUAAAAAAGAAUUAUCCGAUUUGACAGCAUUCAGAAUAAACCAAAAGACAUGGCAUAUAUUUCAGAAAAUGGGCCCUACACCAAGUCCUUGUUAUGGACAUACAAUGACUACAGCAGAUGACAAGGCUUUUAUUUUUGGUGGAGUAUCUAUACAUUCGAAAGGAAUAAUCCAUGUUUUGGAUACAUCAAAAAUAAAAUUUCCUACGGGAUCUUAUUUGAAUACAUUAUCGCAGCAGCAGCUACAACGAAGAUCAUCUGAGUCUUCAAUUUCCACGUCGCAGAAACUUCAAACUCGAGAAACAUCAAAUUAUACUAAUGAACAGAACAAUAACACUAAUAUAAAGAAUCAAAAGCUUAUAUUUCGGAUGUCGCAAAUCACAAAUUUGCAGAGUUUUAUAACAAGACCGGGUGGUCCAAAACGUCGAGUGAAAAGUCCUUUGGAGAAAGUAACCGAAUCUUUGCCAGAGAUUGAAGAUAACCGAACAGUUGAUGAAAAUUUAAAAACUUCUACAGAUAAUGCAAAAAUGAUAGAAAAAGAGAAAUUUUCCGAAGCUUUUGAUAAAGUGCCAACGGGUAACAUUAAUGGAACAAAUUCAAAUAUAGAACAUACGCGAAAUAUAAAAUCUGCAUUUGAUGAAACACAAUUGCGGAGACCACAAGAUGUUCAAACCGUGGAUCAACUUUCGGACAAUUUUCACGAUAGUUCACCUACCAUUAAUAAACAUUCAAGUAUUGUUAGAGACGAUGUUAAUUUUUCAAAUUCUUCAGAUAGACCGGCAUCUUCUGAAUAUUAUAGGCAAUCUCCAGAUGAUCACUCAAAUAUGGAUCGAGAAAGUUAUUUGGAAAGACUCCAAGAACAAGAUUUUAAACUUGCUGAAUUUAAAAAGCGCGAAUUUUGGCUUAAAACACAACUAGAAUUGGCUAAAAAGAAUGGAUAUACACCGGAUUCUCCUGAUAAAGAGUUAAAUGAUGAUAUCGAUGCAGAGAAAUUGUCAGAUAGUGAGGAGAUAGGAUCAGAAAAAUUCUCAAUUAUUCGGUUUAUUAUUCAAUUAAGUCAACAAUUGCAGCACGCAAAGGAAAUCACAGUAAAUCAAUCCAAAUUAGCAUCUGAAAAGAUUGCAAAUAUUGAAUCAAAAGUUGAAAAAACAACAAAUUUAUUAAAUAAUAUCCAAGCGAUUAAAGAACAAUUACUUCAAAUAAAAAGACAAUUAGAAGCGUCAAAGCAAAUAGCUGUGAAGCCUGAAUAUAGUACUGAAAAAGGCAAUCCACAUAAAACAGUCUCAGAACGUUGUGAAAGUGAAGAGGCAAGACCGUCUAAAGAAAUUUCCGAAAGUUAUAAUGAAAUAGAAACAUUUUAUGAAAUAGCUGAAAUCGAAGAUAUGAUUCGUUUAGUUGAAUCAAAAGCGGCAAGAACUCAACGACAACUUAAAGAAAUUAAACAAAAAGCAAAUCAGAUAGGGUCGGAUUAUCAAAUGAUACAUAUGUAUGCACAGAGUGCAGAAAAAUUAAUGAAAAUGAUGAAGGAUCAAUUAAUUAACGCAGAUAAAGAGGGAUUAGAAGCAAAACUUAAAAAAGCAGUUAAUACUCACGAUAGUGCUAGAACUUCAAUACAGCAGGAUUAUAUAAAUCAGCAGUCACUAAAACAACAAUUGAAAACGCUUAAAAAAGAAAAAUUACAACAAAUAUCACACAUGCAAACACAAAUAGCUCAAAUUCAGGAUGAAAAAGCUUUAGUGGACCAAGAAUAUGAAGAGUUGAAGAGAAUGUACAGCCCUUUAAAAACUGAAAAUGAUGCAUUGAGAAAGUCCAAUGAACUUUUAAAACAACAAAUUUUAACAUCAGAAAACAUGAAAGAAAAUCUUGAACAGGAGAUAGAACAAACAAAAUCGUCUUUUAAACAACAAGAAACCUUAGACAAAGAAGAUGAAAGUGAAGAAGAAAAAUGUUGGGAGGAAGAAAAAACAUUAAAAGAAAGUGAAAUAAAUUUAUAUAAAGAAAAAAAUUAUAAAUUGGCCGCUAUUAAUGAAGAAUUAGAACAAAAAUUGAACAAUUCUGAAAACAAAGUUGCUAUGUUACUUGAUCAGAUGGAAAGUAUUAUUGAAGUUUACCGAUCAAUUGGCGAUGUAUUUGAUUUACCUAAUGAAGAAGAUUUACCUACUCUAAACUUUAAAAUUCAAGAGCCCAGAACAUCAGAAGUUAGGGAUGACUAUUUUGAUAACUUGGUAAAGGAAAAAUAUCCUGAUCUUCCAAGCUUUGUUCUUCCGGAAUUUAGAUCAUCACCUACAGAUACAGAAUUCUCUGAAAUUGUUUCGUUUGAUGAAAAUUACUCUGAUAUUGAUGUUGGUAAAAGUAGCGAUCUGAGUUCUAAAAAUUCUUACUUUGAAAAAACAAAUUUAUCUGAUUAA